AUGGCGUCGAUUCGCCAUCGUUUUGACGCUUCUCGUCGGCGGCGUCGAUUCGCCAUCGUUUUGACGCUUCUCGUCGGCGGCGUCGCUUCGCAAAACGACACGCUUAUCGCGGAUCUUGCCGCCGACAAUUCAUCGACUCCAAUAGCGCCGUCGAAUGCCAAUAAUUUCAAUAACGCUUCGAACGCGAAGACGCCGUUCAUUUUUGGAAUGCGCGUUGAGCUUCCAGCAGAUGAUCCGUUUGGAUAUGACGAAAGCGGCAUCUGCAUUGUGGCGCCCUAUGAGGAGUUCAAAGUGGUCUUGUAUGGAAACCAUUUGGACAAGAUCGCCCAAGUCAUGUGGACGUAUACGAAUAGCUGCGCCGACGCGACGCACGUCGUCCAAGCCGCCAAUCAAUUCCGCGUCCACUUCAACCAUAUCGUCUCGUUUCCGUUGACGCUCAAACCGCUGCCGGAGCACGCGCACGCCUACAAAUUGUGUGUGCGGCCGAAGGUGGCGCCCGGCUCGCCGCCAAUCGGCGAGAUCUAUCCGCUCGAGGACGAGGCGACGUGCAUCACCACCGAACGGCCACCGAAAACCUACUUUUUGCCGCUUCCACUCCAGAUUUUCUGCAUCGCCUGCCUACUCAUGCUGUCGGCGUUGUUCUCCGGUCUCACGCUCGGCUUGAUGUCGUUGACGCCUCAAGAAUUGGAGCUCGUCGUCAAAUCGGGAUCGAAAAAUGAGCGAAAGUGCGCCGAGAAGAUUUUGCCGAUUCGGAAAAAAGGCAAUUUGCUUUUGUGCGCACUUCUUCUCGGAAAUGUCAUUGUCAACUCGGCGAUAUCCAUUCUAAUGAAUGAAUUGACAUCUGGAAUUUAUGCUCUUAUUGGAGCAACAUUGGGUAUCGUCAUUUUUGGAGAAAUCUUGCCGCAAAGUAUAUGUGUCAAAAAGGGGCUCGAAGUUGGUGCGCACACCAUCGCCAUCACCCAAUUUUUCAUUUAUUUGACGUUUGUGAUCGCGUGGCCAGUAUCCAAACUUCUGGAUUACCUGCUUGGCGAUGAAUAUCAAGCGUAUGAUCGAAAACGAUUGAUGGAGCUCAUCAAGAUGUCGAUGACGUCAAAUGGUCAGCUCUCGAAUGAGCUGAAAAUCGCUGUGGGCGCCAUGGAGAUUGCUGAUAAAGUCGUUGAAGACGUCAUGACGAAAAUUGACGAUGUGUUCAUGCUCCCCGACACCACCAUAUUGAACGCCAAGACUGUCAUGGAGAUCGUCAAAAUGGGUUACACGCGAAUUCCAGUGUAUAGCGGAGGCGAUAAGAAUAAUGUGACCGAUAUGCUUUACGUUAAGGACCUCGCCCUCUUGGACCCCGACGAUAAUUUCACCGUGAAAACCGUUUGCGGUUAUCAUAAGCAUCCGGUGAAGUUCGUGAUGAACGACACGCCACUUCCAAGUCUUUUGGAGGCUUUCAAAAAGGGUGAAGGCCAUUUGGCAAUGGUGAAACGAUUAAUGAAUGUCGAUGAUUCGCACGAUCCAGUGUACAUUCUGGUGGGAAUUGUGACACUUGAAGAUAUUGUCGAGGAGAUACUGCAGGCUGAAAUCAACGACGAGUUCGAUGUGGUGUCGGACAAUGUCAAUAAGGUGAAGCUGAAAAAGGAGCCGAAUCGCGAUGUGGCGAAAUACUUUGGCGAUCACGAGGCCCCUCAGACGACCAUCUCAAUGCAAUUGCAAAUGGUCACACUUCAAUGGAUGAUCGCCAAUGAGCCAGCGUUCCGUCCAAAGUAUCUCGACACGAAUGUGCUCGAGCGAUUGAUUCGAAGCAGCGCUCGAAGGAUCGACGUAUCCUCUCUAAUGGCCCUCGGCGAUGAUGCCAUCAAUGUGCCAAGACUCGCCAAACUUUACACCAAAGAUGAGCCAAGCGAUAAGUAUAUUCUGAUACUUGAAGGGCGUGUGCAAGUCACCAUUGGACAAAGCACAAUGAUGUUCGAAGCGGGACCGUGGCAUCAUUUCGGCGACGAGAUCAUGCGCAAAAUGGUCGCUGCCGCGGCGACGCUCGGCCGAAGCACGUCGAUCAUUGGCACGUCGGAUUUGUCGGCCCGUCGGCCGGAUCUCAUGUUCCGUCCCGACUUCACCGCCAUUGUCAAAGACACUUGCACGUAUUUGGAGAUUUCCGUGUCCGCUUACAUCAAUGCCUAUAAGGCGUCGUUAAUGCAACGAGAGAAGCCAUUGAACGAGCUUUCCGAUAACUCGCGAGCAUCAUCGGUGACAAACAGUAAUCUCUCGCUAGCGGAACCGAAAGUUGGACCAAUCUUCGAUCCGGGUGCCAUGCUGGUCCCAGAAAGCGUCCGAAAGCCGUCAGUAGCAUCGACGGACCUUGUAAAAGCGCUGAACACUGUCGGCCAGCGGGAUGUGCCGCCGGUGGCCGAGGAAGAGGAGCUCGCGCUUCUUCCAAAAAAGGAAACGGUCUAA